GCGGUGGCGGGAUGGAGGCGGGCGGCGUGGGCGACGCGGUGCUCUCUGGAGCCUGCGUGCUCUUCACCCUGGGCAUGUUCUCCACCGGCCUCUCGGACCUCAGGCACAUGCAGAGAACGCGGAGCGUGGACAACGUCCAGUUCCUGCCUUUUCUCACCACGGAUGUCAACAACUUGGGCUGGCUGAGUUAUGGGGUCUUGAAGGGGGACUGGACCCUCAUCAUCGUCAACAGCGUGGGCGCUGUGCUUCAGACCCUCUAUAUCCUGGCCUAUCUGCGCUACAGCCCUCGGAAGCACGCUGUGCUCCUACAGACUGCAAGCCUGCUGGGGGUCCUUCUCGCGGGUUACGGCUACUUUUGGCUCCUGGUGCCCAACCUUGAGGCCCGGCUUCAGCAGCUGGGCCUCUUCUGCAGUGUCUUCACCGUCAGCAUGUACCUCUCACCACUAGCUGACUUGGCCAAGGUCAUUCAGACUAAAUCAACCCAGAACCUCUCUUUCUCACUCACCAUUGCCACCCUCCUCACCUCCGCCUCCUGGUCGUUCUAUGGGUUUCGGCUCAGAGACCCAUACAUAAUGGUGCCCAACCUUCCAGGAAUCCUCACCAGCAUUAUCCGCCUCUGGCUUUUCUGGAAGUACUCCCUAGGGCAAGACAAGAACUAUAGGCUCCUGCAAACCUGAGGCAGCUCAGUGGCCAUAGGCACCUCAAUGCCAACGCGAUACCAAAGAGAGCUCCUUGCUUCAGCUGGUCCUACUGACCAAUUCCAUUGGUACAGCAGGUUGCAGGAGGAAAAGGAAAAAAAAAAACAAAAAACCUUGGGACCAAAGGAAUCAAAGAAAAACUUUGACUUAGAAUAU